AUUUCUAGCAGCAAAUAAGAAAGCGAUGAAAUUUACAGAUGAUGAAAAGAAAGGCUUCGCAAAGAGUUGGGAAAAAUCUGCGGAGGAAUCAUUGAGACUUCUUCAGCACAUUAAAAGCUGUAAACCUCAUGAAAUAAUUGAUACUAUCUCGCUCAAUAAUGCUAGACAAACAAUAAUGAUCCUUUGCGAACCUCUCGCAGAGAUAAUUCGUAAUAUCCAAGAAAAUAUUGCGGAAAUUAAAAAGUUAAAAGAAGAAAUACAGAGGCUUGACAUAACCGAUAAGGAGCUUAAAAGCAAACUGUAUAUUCCGUAUAUAGAGCUUGAGGUGAAAAAAAUGAAACAACCCAAAGUUGUAUGCACAAAAAUCAUUUGUCGAAUAUCAGUUAUUCAAGAAGAUUGCCAUGUUAAAUGGAAAUGGUUGAACACAUUUAUGCAAAAGCAUAACGGAGUUAUGAUGUUUGGAGUGUGCAAAUCUUGUGGCUGCCAUGCGAAAAAUCAUAAAGCAAUUUUUUAUAAAAGUGUAUCUAACCAUAUAAAAAAGCUUCAAGAAAGGAUCGACCGGUUAAAAGUGCAUCAAAAUACGGUUGAAGAUACUAUGAUUAAAUUUACACACUUUUUAAAACGAAAUGCAAUAGUUGCUUUUAAUGAUGCAUAUGUAGAAUAUCUUAAUCACAUCGUACAUAUUGAGAAACAGAAGAUUGAUGAUACUUCUGAAGAAUACAAUAAUGAAAUCCUUAAAGGGCUAGAGGAAAUAAAAAGAAAUUAUGAAAAAAAUGUGAAAACUAUUGAUGCAAAAUAUGAAGAAAAGGUGAAAGUUAUUAAUGCAAAUGAAAAAAAUAAACCCUCUUUAUACAUGCUCACUUCCGAGGAUAUAUUUAAACUUGAAAAACAGUUGUAUAGCAUAUCAGGCAUCGGUAAAUAUUUGCAAGAUAUAAAGAAUGAAGAGAAAAGAGCAUUCAG